AUGCCGAUCUCACACAGGCAUGCGCAUCGCGAGCGUAGCCUCGGCGAAGCCCUUGCCGAAUCAUUCGAGCAUGCCAUUCGGCGUGAUCACAACGUGGAGGAGGCACCCGUGACGAGAAACGCCCCUCGUGCUAUCCCCACAGCUAUCGAGAAGCCUACCCAGACGACAAGCCUCGGUACCGAGAUUGCAAAGGCCACAGGAGAAGCUUCCGUGACGUCCGAACAAACUAUUGCCGGAGACUCGAGCAUGUCGGUUCCCACCUCGACAUCUAGUUCCAGGCCAUCCAGCAGCCAGACUGGCGAUAGCCAGGACAGCGGUGGCCUCGGGGCAGGAGCUACCGCUGGCAUCGUAUUUGGUAUUCUUGGUGGUAUCCUUCUCAUCAGUCUGGUCAUCUACUUUGCCAUCUCUCGCCGCCACACCAAGAAACGUGAGGAGGAAAACUCGGAAAAGUUGACACCCCUCGGUCCCGCACCGCCCACAAGGGAUAAUGCCCCACGCCUAAGCCUCCAGGCCUCCAGUCACUUCUUCCCUGCCGGCAGUGGCGCAAACAAGGCUGGCGUUGCCGGCACCUAUGGGCGUAACUCGCCGUCCCAGGAGAGGCCUGGAACCAGGACGAGCAGCCACGAAGUCAACCCCUUCACAAACCAGGCUGAACGUGCCAGCUCGCCACCGACUCCGGACAGGAGCACUAAGCCCGGCCGCGAGACCUCCAUGGGCCGCGCCUCGCCUUCAGACAUGGACCUCACCCUUCCCGACUCACGACGCCCCCCGAGCCCUUCUGGUACCGUCUUCAGCGUGUCUUCUGUCGCGGCGGGAUCUGCUGCAGCAGCCCCCAGCGCGGGAGCUGCUGCCAUCGCCGCCGCCGGUGGCCCGGCCAAUACAGCCGUCCACCGCGUUCAGCUCGACUUCAAGCCCAGCUUGUCCGAUGAGAUGGAGCUCAGGGCUGGCGACCUGGUCAGGCUGCUGCACGAGUACGACGACGGCUGGGCACUUUGCAUCAGGCUUGAUAGGUCUCGCCAAGGUGUCGUGCCGCGCACAUGUCUGUCCACCCGUCCCGUGAAGCCUCGACCGCCUCAGGGUGUUGCUCAUGGAACCCCUCCCGCCAACCCUCAGGGACAGCGAUCUGGAUCCUCAAGCAGGCCUAGCCCUUCCUCGUCUGGUGGUAUGCGCUCUCAGUCUCCCACAGGAAGGCCGAUAAGCCCCGCAGGCCGCCCUCGCGCUCCCAGCAAGGCCCACGGCCCUAGCCCCAUGAACCCGGGCUUCAAACAGGAUGUCCCACCGGGUAUGGCCAUGUAA